CGAGCGUCUCCGAGCUGGAGGGGGGUCUCUGUGAAGGCUGGAAAAAGUGGGCACCACUUGUGCUCGGAGGCUCGGCGGGUCACUUGAGCAGAGCAGAGAGGAGAGAGGGACGGACGGACAUCCGUCCACUGACCGGAGGAUCCCACACUCACUCACCCUUAUGGCUGCUUGAGAAUUAACGAGGACCCCCCCACCCCCUUUUCCUCUCUUUCUCUGGGACUUUUUUUCCUUUUUUUGAAACUCCUGAAUUGUCCUGAAGCACAAAAGUUUGUCGAGAAGUGACUCCACUCGCCGUGGACUUGCGCCACCGUCAUGGAUACGCAUAUAAGAUGGAAAGUUAAACGGAGGAUAAGGGACGCUCAAGUCACUUUAGCGGUGAUCCUGCUUUUUGUUACAUCGCAAGCAAGUUCAGCUGACCCAGCAGACCUCUUGAAGAUUUUAGAUUUUCACAAUUUACCUGACGGUGUUUCGAAAACGACGGGUUUCUGCUCACAUCGGAAAUCUACACAAGGAUCCGAUGUCGCCUACCGAGUGACUAAAGAGGCCCAGCUCAGCGCUCCAACCAAACAGCUCUAUCCAGGUGAUGUUUUCCCAGAGGACUUUUCCAUCAUGGCCACGGUGAAGCCGAAAAAGGGCAGCCAGUCCUUCCUGCUGUCAUUCUACAAUGAACAGGGAAUCCAGCAACUGGGAAUGGAAGUGGGACGCUCCCCAGUCUUCCUGUAUGAGGAUCACACCGGCCAACCCAGCCCUGAGGACUACCCACUGUUCAGAGGAAUCAACCUGGCAGACGGAAAGUGGCACCGAGUGGCCAUCAGUGUCCACAAACAGACCAUCACCCUCAUCCUGGACUGUAAAAAGAAGCCCCCCCUGAAGUUGCUCCGCAGCCGCCACCCCAUCAUCGACACCAAAGGAAUUAUCGUGUUCGGAACGAGAAUACUUGACGAAGAAGUCUUUGAGGGAGACAUCCAGCAGCUAAUGAUUGUAGCAGACCAUCGCGCGGCCUAUGACUACUGUGAGCACUACAGCCCGGACUGUGAGGUGCCAAUGCCCGACCAGCCCCAGAACCAGGACCCAAACACUGACGAAUAUAAUACAGAGGAAGACAGCUACUACUAUGAGUACCCUUACUAUGAUGAUGUGGAAGGCAAGACGGAUACCGAGGAGAUGACCACGAAAGAAAUCAAGGUGACAGGUGGCGACAGCAUUGCUUCUGCAGUCGACGCUAUCCUGACCGGUGCUGGUGGCACUGGAAGCAAAGUGAUCACUUCCACCUCCAUUUCAUCCUCUGGUUCAUCAAGCAGCUCGUCCUCAAGCUCCUCAAGCAGCACCACUGGUGGAGGGGAUGCCAACGGAGGGGAGGCCACUCCGUAUGAUGGCUACGACUACGGCUACGAGACCUACUACGACGAGACAACCGCGAAAACCGACAUUGACGACGGCAGACGAGUCACCAUCACCAACAUUGGCACCGGUGGAGAUGUGGACCUGGGAGUGGGUGGAAAGAUCGACUUGGGAUUGGGUUCUGUGGAGAAGGUCAUCACCAGCGGAGGGGGAUCAUCAAUAACAAUCACAAGAAAUAAGACGGUCACGGGAGACUAUGAUAACUAUGAGGAUGGCUACGAUUACAAUGUGGACGGACAUUACACGACUGGUGGAGGCGGCAGCAGCAGCAGUAGCACCAUUCACCUUGGUGGUGGAGGCAGCAGCAGCAGUAGCACCAUUCACCUUGGUGGUGGAGGCAGCAGCAGCAGUAGCACCAUUCACCUUGGUGGUGGAGGCAGCAGCAGCAGCAGUAGCACCAUUCACCUUGGUGGUGGAGGCAGCAGCAGCAGCAGUAGCACCAUUCACCUCGGUGGUGGAGGCAGCAGCAGCAGUAUUGAUUUGGGAGGUGGCACCAGUUCCACCAUCACAAUUGGAGGUGGUUCCACUGGAGGAGGCUCUGUAUCCAUUGGAGGUGGUUCUGUCUCUGUUGGAGGAUCUGCACCUGGUGGUGGAUCAGCCAGUGCUGGGACUGGUGCUGGUGGUUCUAUUGCCACUGGAAAAGACCUGGGCUUGACAGUUGAAGGGGACUAUACUGACCUUUUCACGGAGCACGACAUCACUGACUAUGGUGACCUCGAUAUCUACGACUAUGGAGACAACGAUGGAAAAGUGCUGCCUGCAGAGACUGACUCCUACAUUGGCCAGGUGGAUGGAGCCCGAGGGGAGAAGGGACAAAAGGGAGAGCCAGCUGUUAUCGAGCCUGGAAUGCUGGUGGAGGGUCCGCCUGGGCCUGAAGGGCCAACUGGUCUCCCCGGACCCUCGGGUGCUUCCGGCCCACCAGGCAGCCCUGGAGAUCCAGGAGAGAGGGGUCCUCCUGGUCGCCCUGGACUUCCUGGUGCUGACGGCCUUCCCGGACCUGCUGGAACGGUGCUGAUGCUGCCGUUCCGCUUCAGUGCUGGCGGUGAUUCUGGACAGAAGGGACCAGCUAUGUCUGCUCAGGAGUCCCAGAUGCAGGCCAUCAUGCAGCAAGCCAGGCUGGCCAUGCGUGGUCCAACUGGCCCGAUGGGCUUGACUGGCAGACCUGGUCCACUGGGUCCUCCUGGUGUGUCAGGCCUGAAGGGUGAGUCAGGAGAAGCGGGUUCUCAGGGACCACGUGGUCCAAUGGGAUCUUCAGGUCCUCCCGGAAAGCCUGGAAGAAGGGGUCGCUCUGGAGCUGACGGCGCCCGUGGAAUGCCUGGACAGUCCGGACCCAAGGGGGACCGUGGCUUUGAUGGCUUGGCUGGACUUCCUGGAGAGAAAGGACAUCGGGGCGAACCUGGCCCAGCUGGACCCCCUGGAGCCACAGGUGAAGAUGGAGAACGGGGAGACGAUGGAGAGAUCGGACCAAGAGGGCUUCCCGGUGAACCGGGGCCACGUGGAUUGCUGGGACCCAAAGGACCUCAGGGACCUCCUGGACCUCCUGGUGUCACCGGGAUGGACGGACCCUCUGGUCCCAAAGGAAACAUUGGACCUCAAGGAGAACCAGGACCCCCAGGACAGCAAGGCAACCCCGGUGCCCAGGGACUUCCGGGACCUCAAGGUGCUAUCGGACCUCCUGGGGAAAAGGGACCAACUGGAAAACCAGGUUUACCAGGAAUGCCAGGAGCCGAUGGUCCACCGGGACACCCUGGAAAGGAGGGCCCUCCUGGAGAGAAAGGCCACUUGGGACCUGCUGGACCUCAAGGACCAAUUGGUUACCCCGGUCCUCGUGGUGUAAAGGGAGCCGACGGUGUCAGAGGGCUGAAAGGAACCAAGGGCGAGAAGGGAGAAGACGGCUUCCCGGGCUUCAAGGGAGACAUGGGUAUUAAAGGUGACAGGGGUGAGCUCGGCUCUGCUGGACCCAGAGGAGAAGAUGGGCCAGAGGGGCCCAAGGGUCGUGCUGGGCUGCCUGGUGAUCCUGGUCCUCUCGGGCCAUCUGGAGAGAAGGGUAAACUCGGAGUGCCUGGACUGCCCGGGUACCCAGGAAGACAAGGGCCAAAGGGAUCACAGGGCUUCCAAGGCUUCCCAGGUGCCAACGGAGAAAAGGGAACACGGGGAACGGCUGGAAAGCCUGGUCCACGUGGACAGAGAGGUCCAACGGGUCCACGUGGAGAGAGGGGACCAAGGGGGCCAACAGGCAAGGCUGGACCAAAGGGCAACUCAGGAAAUGACGGCCCACCAGGACCUCCAGGUGAAAGGGGACUUCCAGGUCCUCAGGGACCGACUGGUUUCCCUGGACCAAAGGGGCCCCCGGGACCUGCUGGCAAAGAUGGACUUCCCGGACACCCUGGACAGAGAGGCGAGACCGGAUUCCAAGGAAAGACCGGCCCUCCUGGACCGCCUGGUGUUGUCGGACCUCAGGGACCAACUGGUGAGACUGGACCAAUGGGAGAUAGAGGACACCCAGGACCCCCCGGUCCACCCGGUGAACAAGGUCUUCCUGGAGCAGCAGGGAAAGAAGGAGCAAAGGGUGACCCCGGACCUGCUGGUCCAGCUGGCAAAGACGGUCCACCUGGGCCAAGAGGUUUCCCUGGAGACAGAGGUCUGCCCGGCCCUGUGGGGGCGCAUGGGCUGAAAGGCAAUGAGGGUCCACACGGUCCCCCAGGUCCUGCUGGUUCUCCUGGUGAGCGUGGUCCAGCAGGCCCAGCCGGGCCCACUGGUUUACCUGGACGUUCUGGUCCUCAGGGACCUCCUGGUCCUGCUGGAGAGAAAGGCGGACCGGGAGAGAAAGGACCUCAAGGCCCAGCUGGAAGAGACGGUAUUCAAGGACCAGUGGGCCUGCCAGGACCUGGAGGACCUCCCGGACCACCUGGAGAGGACGGAGACAAAGGUGAGAUUGGAGAACCAGGCCAGAAAGGAAGCAAAGGAGAUAAGGGAGAACAUGGUCCACCUGGUCCAACCGGCCCACAAGGACCCGUCGGAGCACCUGGUCCUGCUGGAGCUGAUGGAGAGCCUGGUCCUAGAGGUCAGCAAGGUCUGUUUGGUCAGAAGGGAGAUGAAGGGUCGAGAGGAUUCCCUGGACCUCCAGGUCCCGUUGGGCUUCAGGGCUUGCCAGGUCCACCCGGUGAGAAAGGUGAAACUGGAGACGUCGGUCAAAUGGGUCCACCUGGUCCCCCUGGAACAAGAGGCCCUUCAGGAUCACCUGGUGCUGAUGGCCCUCAAGGACCUCCAGGUGGCAUUGGCAACCCUGGAGCUGUUGGAGAGAAGGGAGACGCGGGAGAGACAGGAGAGCCAGGUCUGCAAGGAGAAGUCGGCCCACCGGGUCCAAGAGGGGAGCGAGGUGAGAAGGGAGAGGCUGGUCCCGCCGGUGCUGCUGGACCACCUGGACCUAAAGGCCCCCCUGGAGAUGACGGUCCAAAAGGAAGCCCUGGCCCAAGUGGUUUCCCUGGUGAUCCUGGUCCCCCUGGAGAGCCGGGUCCAGCUGGUUUAGACGGACCACCAGGUGACAAGGGAGAUGACGGAGAAGCUGGUCAGCCUGGCUCCCCUGGACCCACCGGAGAGUCUGGUCCUUCUGGACCACCAGGAAAGAGAGGACCACCUGGAGCUGCGGGCCCCGAGGGACGACAAGGAGAGAAGGGAGCCAAGGGAGAGUCUGGUUUGGAGGGUCCUCAAGGAAAGACUGGCCCUGUCGGCCCUCAAGGGUCACCUGGCAAGCCUGGUUCUGAAGGACUGAGGGGAAUCCCUGGCCCCGUUGGUGAACAAGGUCUACCCGGUGCUCCCGGUCCAGAUGGGCCUCCCGGCCCAAUGGGUCCUCCUGGUCUGCCCGGUCUGAAGGGAGACACUGGUGUCAAAGGAGAAAAGGGACACCCUGGUCUUAUUGGUCUUAUCGGACCUGCUGGUGAACCUGGUGAGAAGGGUGACAGGGGGCAUCCUGGACCUCCUGGUGCAUCUGGUCCCAAAGGAGACAAUGGAAUUGCUGGUCCUGCUGGUCAACUUGGUCCCAUCGGUCCUCCUGGUUCCCCUGGUCCUCCUGGUCCUAAAGGAGCUAAAGGCUCAGCGGGUCAAACUGGUCCAAAGGGAGAAACUGGUACACCUGGACAGCCUGGCCCUCCUGGUCCCCCCGGAGACGUCAUCCACCCGCUCCCCAUCCAGGGCUCCAUGAAGGGCAGGACGCGCCGCAACAUCGACGCCAGCCAGAUGAUGGACGACGCUGCUGUGGACGCCAACUACAAGGACUAUGACGACGGCAUGGAGGAAAUCUUCGGCUCCCUCAACUCCCUGAAGCUGGAGAUCGAGCAGAUGAAGCACCCACUGGGCACACAGGCCAACCCCGCCCGGACCUGCAAGGACCUGCAGCUCUGCCACCCCGACUUCCCCGAUGGCGAGUACUGGAUUGAUCCCAACCAGGGCUGCUCCCGGGACUCCUUCAAGGUUUACUGCAACUUCACAGCAGGCGGCGAGAGCUGCAUCUUCCCUGAUAAGAAAUCUGAAGGGAGCAAAAUGGCAAAAUGGCCCAAAGACUCGCCGGGCACUUGGUUUAGUCACUUCAAGAGAGGUUCCCUGCUGUCGUAUGUGGAUGCCGAGGCCAGUCCCAUCGGUGUGGUCCAGAUGACUUUCCUGCGACUCCUGAGCGCCACUGCCAGACAAAACGUGACAUACAACUGCUACCAGUCGGUGGCCUGGCACGACCAGGAUCAGGACAACUAUGACAAAGCUAUGCGCUUCCUGGGUUCCAAUGAUGAGGAGAUGUCUUACGAUAACAACCCCUACAUCCAUGCAAUCGUGGACGGUUGUGCGACGAAAAAGGGCUAUGAAAAGACAGUACUGGAGAUCAACACGCCAAAGGUGGAGCAGGUCCCGCUCGUGGACAUCAUGUUCAACGACUUCGGCGGUCCCACGCAGAAGUUCGGAUUCGAAGUGGGCCCCGUCUGUUUCGUCGGCUAAGACUGAAAAAGACACAAAAAAAAGACAAAAAGACAACAAAAAACAUAUUUUAUUUUCUCUAAAAAAAAAAAGUCAAGCAAUUGAAACAGAAUUCUAUUUGUAUAAAAACGUUUUUUGAUUCAAUCCAAGUAACUUUCGGAAUAAUAAAUUCUAGACCUGGAAACCUGGGUGUGCCUUCUCCAUCACAUGCAAGUUUUGAAACUGCCUCGUCACACACUUGCACACACACACACAUGCGUUUGGUUACAUCACCGGUGACGACCAAGGACUCUUCUGAUUGGCUCUUUAACCGCUUCUCCCUCGUUGGUUCGCCAAUGCUUUGUUUGUGCAUAAUUGUCUCCCGCCGCUCUCCUGGAGCGGCUCUUUUAUAUAUAUAUAAAUAUAUAUAUAAAUAUUUUAAUUGUUUGUAAGUACAUUCUGUAUAUUUUAUUUUCUUCUUCCUGGUUAUUUGUUUGCUUCUGGCUUCAAAACGUGCAUGUGACUUUAGAGACACAGGGAAAUUCAACCAGAUCUGCCGUGUAAAUCGAGAAAAGAGCGAGUCCCUCGCUGUGGAGCACACCGUGUUGUAAUUUAAGAAUGGAAGUAAAAGCUCUGUGAUAUUAUAUAAUAUGAUACAAACAUUCCUCCUGGUGUGCUUUCGAGCGGUGGCGAGUAUUAACUUAAAAUAGAUUUUAAUAUUUUCUUUGCUGUCCGGCGAUGCGAUGGGAGUCACACGAGGAAAUAGGUGCUAUUUUCUCUCCUCCGUGGUGCUACGUACUCUCCUGUCGGAAUCGUGAUACCCCGCCUAUCCCUUGCUCCCUUUUUUGCAUGUUCACAGCCAAAGACACGAGAACCAAAGAAAAGGGGGAGGGGCUUAUCUCAAAUCUAUUUUUUUACCAUUUUGUGGAUGUAAUCAGACAAAAGUUGCUUGCUGGUCUUUGUUUCUCCCACUCUUUGCUUUAUGACCACUAGUAUCAACCACCGACGGCGUAGCUUAGCUCCAUCAUUAAACCAUAUGUGACUUGAACCAUUUCUGCUUGUACCUUCCCUCCCGACAAUUACUCUCAAUAAAAACCAGAAAGGACAAGUAUCUUUGUGUGUGUACAUUUCCAAAUUUGAUGGUGCCAUUGUUUUGUGUUAUUGUUUGUUGUCUGUAUGUUAAUUCUCCCAAUCAAGACCAACCUGUGUACGGAUGCGAGGACAGAUGCUAUUACAUGGUUUUCAUGUCAAUAAAUUCAAGUUUACUGUGGCCUUCCACUCUUGUAUGUCUUUUGACGCAUUAAAACUUUUCUCUAUGCAUGAAAUUGUAAC